AUGAAAGAACAUGAAAUUUAUAUGAUGAAUAAAGUGCUGGAAAAUAUGCUUGGUAAGUCUGUGGAGCAAAGGUUUGAAGAGAUUGAAGUCGAAGAGGUUAGAGCGAAAUGUCAAGCUGAAAUUGAUGCUGAAAUGAAGUUUAAAGGCAAAGGUGUUAAAGGUUCUGAAGUUGCAGAAAGAUCAAUAGUUAUAUCUACUGUUGCUGAAUCUCCUAUUCAGAAUCCUGGUCCGAUAUCCGCCGUGUCUGCUAUCUUUGAGGAAGAUGUAUUACUUGAAGAUGUUAUUAAUGACGAGGAAGAUGUUGAAGAGGAUGUUGACGAAGAGGAUGAUGAUGAUGAGAAAAUUGAUGUUGCAGAUGAUGUAUUCUCUGCUAGUAGUCACAGUGAUGACGAUGAUGACGAUGAUCAGGGUGGUACUGGUGUUACAGUUACAGAAGCAUCGACUGAACAAAAUGUUGAUGAUUUUCUUCAAGAUGAUGCUAAUGAAGAUAAUGAUAGUGCUGAAGGUGAGGGGGAGCAAGUGGAUGAUCAAAACGUUGAUAAAGCUGAAAAGUUAAUCUUGCAUUUAGAGCUGAAGUAUGUUGAUGAAGCCGAUAACUAUGACAGGGUUGAGGUUGAGGAUUGCAGUGAUGAAGAGGUUGUAUCUGAAGACACGUCUAACUUUCCAACUCUUGUUGAGUUUUUCAGUGAAGAGAACAGAGAUGAACUGAGGAGAAAAGUUGCUGAAAUCUUGAAAGAUAAAAACUUUGAUGAUACUACGAAAGAUCCAUAG